CGGGCCGAGGGCAGGAGGGCGCCGCGCCGCGCGGCGGAGGACCAGGAGUUGGGAUCGCCGCUGCCCCCGUUUUGGCAAGGUGAAUGUGGCAAGGGAAGUUUGCAGUCCUGAAAUGGAGGUCAGAGCUUCCUUACCGAAGGUUAGUGGGUCACCUGAUUCUGUGACCACACUCAAUAGUGAAGAAUUUGUUUUGGUACCCCAGCAAGCAGGUGAUAGCUCUACAAAGGAUGAUGAAAGACCUCAACUAAAGAUCGUCUCCAAUGGAGAUGAACAGUUGGAAAAGGCAAUGGAAGAGAUUCUGAGGGAUUCUGAAAAAGGUCAAAACCAUCUUUUUGAUUGUGAAAGUUCGACUGAAAUUUGUGAUCAUUCAUUUACUGAUGUUUCAGCCAAGCAAGCAAAUAGGCCUUCUCUCCAGUUAGUGUUGGAUCCUUCUAAUACAGAAGUUUCUGCUCUCCGACCGCCUUCUCCCAAUGAACCACUAGAGGAAGAUAGUGUAUUAUUUAAUAAACUGACUUACUUAGGAUGUAUGAAAGUUUCUUCUCCUCGAAAUGAAGUAGAAGCUUUACGAGCAAUGGCAACCAUGAAAUCUUCCUGCCAGUUUCCCUUUCCUGUCACUCUUUAUGUGCCAAAUGUUCCAGAAGGCUCUGUAAGAAUAAUAAACCAAUCUAGCAAUGUGGAAAUUGCAUCAUUCCCAAUUUACAAAAUACUAUUUUGUGCACGUGGCCAUGAUGGGACAACAGAAAGUGAUUGCUUCGCAUUUACAGAGAGUUCUCGUGGGACAGAAGACUUUCAGAUACACAUUUUCUCCUGUGAGAUUCAAGAGGCAGUCAGCAGAAUUUUAUACAGCUUUUGUACAGCAUUUAAACGUUCUUCCAGGCAAGUGUCAGAUGUAAAGGACUCUGUUCUCCCUACCCCAGACAGUGAUGUAUUUACCUUCCGUGUGUCUUUGGAGGUCAAAGAAGAUGAUGGAAAAGGGAACUUCAGUCCUGUGCCUAAGGACAGGGAGAAAUUUUACUUCAAAUUGAGACAAGGAAUUGAAAAGAAGGUUGUGAUCACAGUGCAACAACUGUCCAACAAAGAACUAGCAAUUGAAAGAUGUUUUGGAAUGUUACUAAGCCCAGGUCGAAACGUGAAGAACAGUGACAUGCAUUUACUGGAUAUGGAAUCCAUGGGAAAGAGCUGUGAUGGAAGAGCUUAUGUUAUUACUGGAAUGUGGAACCCUAAUACACCUACAUUCUUGGCGCUUAAUGAAGAAACUCCUAAAGAUAAAAGGGUAUUCAUGACUGUAGCUGUGGAUAUGGUCGUCACUGAGGUGGUGGAGCCAGUCCGCUUCUUGCUAGAGACCUUGGUGCGUGUGUACCCCACUAAUGAGCGCUUUUGGUACUUCAGCAGAAAGACUUUCACUGAGACUUUCUUUAUGAAACUCAAACAGUCUGAGGGAAGAGGCCAUGCCAGUGCUGGGGAUGCCAUCUAUGAAGUAGUUACUCUCCAGAGAGCGUCUGAGAAGGAAGAGCCAGUCACUCCAACCAGUGCUGGAGGCCCAAUGUCAUCUCAGGAGGAUGAGCCAGAAGAAGAGAGUGAUAAUGAACUCUCAAGUGGUACUGGUGAUGUGUCUAAGGAUUGCCCUGAGAAGAUCUUAUAUUCAUGGGGAGAAUUGCUGGGAAGAUGGCACAAUAACCUUGGUGUACGGCCCAAAGGGCUGUCUACUUUGGUGAAGAGUGGGGUUCCAGAAGCAUUAAGAGCAGAAGUAUGGCAGUUGCUAGCAGGCUGCCAUGACAACCAGACUAUGCUGGAUAAAUACCGAAUUCUUAUUACAAAGGACUCAGCUCAGGAGAGUGUUAUAACACGAGACAUCCAUCGAACAUUUCCUGCACAUGAUCAUUUCAAAGACACUGGAGGAGAUGGUCAAGAAUCCCUUUAUAAAAUCUGCAAGGCAUACUCUGUCUAUGAUGAAGAUAUUGGAUAUUGCCAAGGACAGUCUUUUCUUGCUGCCGUACUACUGCUCCAUAUGCCUGAAGAACAGGCAUUCUGUGUUUUGGUGAAGAUUAUGUAUGACUAUGGCUUGAGGGAUCUCUAUAAAAAUAACUUUGAGGAUCUUCACUGUAAAUUCUAUCAACUGGAAAGGCUCAUGCAGGAGCAAUUACCAGACCUACACAGCCACUUCUGUGACCUGAACCUGGAAGCUCAUAUGUAUGCGUCGCAGUGGUUUCUCACUCUCUUCACUGCCAAGUUCCCCCUGUGCAUGGUCUUCCACAUCAUUGACUUACUGCUUUGUGAGGGUCUCAACAUAAUCUUCCAUGUAGCUUUGGCACUCUUAAAGACAUCCAAGGAAGACCUUCUGCAGGCUGACUUCGAAGGUGCUUUAAAGUUUUUCAGAGUCCAGCUUCCAAAGAGAUACAGGGCAGAAGAGAAUGCCCGGAGAUUAAUGGAACAAGCAUGUAACAUUAAGGUACCUACCAAGAAGUUGAAGAAAUAUGAGAAAGAGUAUCAAACCAUGCGAGAGAGUCAGCUGCAGCAAGAAGACCCUAUGGAUAGAUACAAGAGGGAGAACCGGAGGUUACAGGAAGCCAGCAUGCGGCUAGAACAAGAGAACGAUGACCUUGCUCAUGAACUUGUAACCAGCAAAAUUGCCCUCCGAAAUGACUUGGACCAGGCUGAAGACAAGGCAGAUGUUUUAAAUAAAGAGCUGCUCCUGACCAAACAGAGACUAGUGGAAACUGAAGAGGAGAAGAGGAAACAAGAGGAAGAAACUGCUCAGUUAAAAGAAGUCUUUAGGAGACAGCUCGAGAAGGCAGAAUCAGAAAUAAAGAAAACAACGGCCAUCAUUGCUGAGUACAAACAGAUCUGCUCCCAGUUGAGUACCAGACUGGAAAAGCAACAAGCAGCCAACAAGGAGGAACUAGAAGUUGUCAAGGGCAAGGUGAUGGCGUGCAAACACUGCAGUGAGAUUUUCAAUAAGGAAGGAGCCCUGAAGCUAGCGACUAUAAGCAAAGAAAGCCAGGGCAUUGAAAUCGAUGAUGAGAAGGACUCGCUCAAGAAACAACUGCGAGAAAUGGAGCUGGAACUGGCUCAGACCAAGCUGCAGCUUGUGGAGGCCAAGUGUAAAAUCCAGGAGCUUGAACACCAGAGAGGAGCCCUCAUGAAUGAAAUUCAAGCUGCAAAAAACUCUUGGUUUAGCAAAACCCUGAACUCUAUCAAAACAGCCACAGGCACCCAGCCACCCCAGCAGCCUCAGCCAUCCCAAUCACCCAAAGAGAGCACGUAGUUCCUGCCCAAUUUCACACACAAGAACACAAUGAUUCAAGCAUCCGAAGCCCUGGCAGAUUGUCCCAGUGUCCCUUUGAGGGGAAGUAAGGAAGGCCAGGGAGGCAAGCCUCGAACUGAAAUCCUUCAGCGUCUCUCAUUCAUCUGGUGUGAUGCUUUUCAAAGGAAAGUUAUUUAGAGUCCUGUUUUAUGUUGAAUAUCUAUUUUCCACCUUCCUCACUGAAAACCACCAUCAACCUUCUUACACCUUAUUUUAUUAUAUCUAGAUGUUAAGUUGAAAAUAAAUAAUUCAGAGCUAAAUGUUUUAUUUAGAACUAAUUAUUCCUAAUUAUUUUGUAUCUUGCAUAAAACAGUAGAAUUUUUGUUCUUUCAGGGUUGACAUGGUGGGAGAUGGGGUAUCAGUCAGGGCGAGAAAGAGAUUAAAAAUUUAAGCCUUGAUCAUUUUCAGGACUUAAAAUAAAGCACAUUGUAGGGGCAGGCCAUGACUAUUGUCUAGGACUUAUCCUAGACAUGAUCCCAGUAGUUUACAAGAAGGAUGGAUACAUCCUAUAGAGAAGCACUUUGCUUUUGAAAGAGGAAUGACCGACCACAGACCUGUCUCCUGAAAAAAAGAUUCAUUUAAAAAAAAAAAAAAGCUUUUGCUGGGCUCAUUUGAAAAUGAACUCCUUUCAUAGAAGUUUGAUAUUCCUGAGGCUCUCUUAUUCUCUGUCUUCUGGCAUGUACACUAGAGCCAAGGGAACUGGAAUUUCAGCAAAUUCAAAUAAGCCUGUUAUCACCUUGGUCUCAAUUAUUUUAAGAAAUCUGUGAAUCUUAAAAAUCUGCCUAUGUGCAUGGCCCCAGGUGUGACAGUCUUGUGGAUGUGUAAUGCCAAGGGUAUUUUGUGAAUAGUAGCCUUAGAAAACUUUCACCAGAACAUCUAGGAAUGUCCAGGUACAACUAUUGGGCUUAGUACAGAAUCAGAACAGAAAAGUAAACAGAAGGAUAAGAGCAGUGAAUUUAUAUUCUACUUAAAUUCGAUGAGCACCUGCUAAGGAAACACUAAUUUACUGUAACAGUUCUGUGUUAAAGACAUGGAAAUGGGAAGUAAAGGCCAACUUUGAAACUUUCUAGUCUUAUGCUGUGUAACUCUUCCUGAUUUCUGUAACUAUCUGAAAAUGUGCCCUUUUUAUCCCAAAGAUGAAGAGGUGCAAAAGCAUUUGUAACAUUUUUGAUUGAAUAUAAAAUGUUUAUAGAAAUGCUUAUUUCAUUGAAAGGUAAAACUAUUGUUUAAAAUUUGAUGAAAAUGUUUUUAAAUUAUAUUUAACAUGUCUAUAAAAAGGUCUUGCCAGGAAAUAUCCUAAACAGGGCCAAAGAGGUUAGUUGUGUAUUAAGUUUUCCAUCUUAUCUGUUCAAGAAUAAGGCGGGAGAGAUCUUCUGGACCCAUUUGCUUUUAACCCAAAUUAAUUCUUCUAUCAGGUCUUUACAAUAAAGUUAAACAUUCAUCAUUGGCUUCAACGUCAAGCUUUUUGCUUGCAAAGCAUCUGAAGCUGCAGUGGGAUUCUCUUAUCUGUGCCAUUUUACUCCUAAAUAAUUUAUUAAAAUUCAUUCAUAGGGAAUGUCUUGCCCACUUCCCCUAAAAUGACUACUUAAUCCUAAAAAUGUAUGUACAUCCCUCAAACAUAACCCAUUUAGGAAAAAACAAAACCACAUUUCUUGAGAAGAGCUCCUUCAAAAAAAAAAAAAAGUUUUGCCUGCCAUUUUUCAUGAAAAAAAAAUUUCAAAAUAGGGAAACGCCAAUAUUUCCAAAACAAUGAAAAACUAUUAUAAGCACUAUUGAUUCACUUGCUAAUGGCCAGCUACACUUUGAGAAAUAUGAACAUUUUUUGAUAAAUUGAACUUAUAAGCUUUUAAUGUAUUAAUUUAUAAAGUGAUGGUCAUACUACCUACCUAGUUCAUUAUUAGUGUGUCAACUUUGACUUGGAUGUUCCCUACAAUUUGGUUUUUAAAGCACUCUUUUUCAAAUUAUAAUAAUAAUUAGAAAAUGCUAUCUCUUAUGUAAAAUGGUACCUUUUAACUUAAUACAUUGGCCUCUAUUAGUUAUGUAGUAACAUUAAAUUUGGCAUUUGUGCCCAUAAAUCCCUUCACCUUGAUUCAGCCUCCUGAAUGAAAUUGCCAACUAAGUAGAAGAUGCCCAUUUCUUCUGGAGUCUGAUCCCAUGGAGUUACCCUGUUGCCUUCCACUUUUUGUGGAAAGCAGAAUGGGCUUAAGAUGCAGGGUUAUCUUUAGUUGAGAAGAAAAAAUUAAAGUGGCUACAUGCUGCCCACUCAGACUUGGACAGGAGGCUUGUAGAUGCCUCCAGAACAGUUAUCUGGACGGUGUUUGUUUAAUGUCACAGACUCCUUCCUUAUUGCUCUCCUCACCACCCCCACCCCCUACCCAAACCUUACCUUAAAUUGAUAUUUGGACUUAGCUGGCUAAACUUGAGGUUCAUUUGAAUUUUUAUAUCCCAAGAUGAAGGGUGUGUAGAACUUAAUAUUAGAAGUUAUAUUUUGAUUAACAGAGUUUAUGUAGAAGUGAGUGAAUAUUAAAAUUCUACAUAAUUUUCAUCAUUUUUCUGUCAAGAACAGCACUUUAAAUAAAAUUAAUUCAACUCGAUGUAUAUUUGAUCAAGAAAAAAACAUAUGUACAUGUUGUACAGGAUUUAGAAACUGGUAUUUUGUUUUGAAAGAAAAUUAAGACAUUUCAGAAUUCUGUUUAGUGUUUUCAGUGACUUACAUUAAUAGUGCGGAGUUGCUUCCUCUCUCAUCCAGUGCCAGCAGUGAUGUAUGUAUGGUAUGAUCUGCCAUGCCAGCUUAAUCUGUCCCAUGCUGAAGUAUCUGUUUGCCACUAGCAGCAGGAAAGAUGGAAGAUGAAAGGACCAAAAUUUGAUAUGGAAGGUGUAAUUUUCAUUUAACAUGUUGGAAUAUCACUUUCCCAACUAUAUGACCAAGAGAUAAAUGAAGUUUUGAAAAUGUCAACUUCCCAGUGAAGGUAGGAACUGCUUCAUUUUUCUAGGUCUAGCAUUUAGGAUAGUGCCUGGAGUCUAGAAGGCCCUUAAUAACUACAUGCUGAUUAACUGAUUGACUUCAGUUAAUUUUAGAGGAUUAUGUAAACUGCCCUCUCUUCACUUUAUAUUCUUUUCAGGAACUAAACAAAUAACAGCCAAGCACCCUGAAAAUUCUUCUGACCAAUGGAGUGCUUUUCUGACAUGGUUUUUUAAUCUUAGUUCAAUUACAGUCUUUUCCUAAAAUGCACAGUGCAGAACAAAUCCCUUCCAAAAUCCAUUGUUUACAACAUUUUGAAAAAUGAUUGUUUUUUUUUUUUGAGACAAAUUCCACCUCUUUGCCUACUAAAUUAAGUGCUAUUUAUUAAAUUAGUUUAUGUAUAUAUAUAUAUAUAUGUAUCCUGAGGAUUUUAUUUCUUCAAAAUUUCUUAUUUUCUUUAAAAGUCAAAGAAAACAAAGCUGAAUUUAGUAGUGCAUGUGUUUAAUUAAUAGCUUCCCACAUCCUGAAGCAUCUCAUAAGUAUAUUUAGCUAAUUAGGCAUUUUCAUUUAGAUAAGACUUUACCCCUCUCUCCAAGUGCUAAUCAGAAACAUUGGUAGAUGUACCAGUUCAGCAUACACUCUUUAUCUUGUAAGGCAACCAAUAUCUAUCUUUCCUAUGAAAUCGGCAUAUUCUUUUCCAUUAGUUUGGGUUAAAUUUUUUUUUUAAUCAAGAUAAUCUUUUUGCUGAAGUCACUAACAUUUUAUAGUGUUUUGAAAACGUUUCCCCAACUUUUUGAAUUUCUCUCCCUACAUGGUGGUUUUUACUUCUCUUUCUGUACCGCUUUGUUUUAAACACUUAAUAAGUAAUAUAACCUAAUGGCUUAAUUUCUUAUAUGAGAGAAAAUGUAAAACCAGAAUGACCACAGUAAGAAUUCAACAUAGUAAGUGUCAUGGAAUAUUGGAAGAGAUGAUCAGUCAUUUAGAAUCAUCAGCUGUGUUCAUCAAACAGCCAUGUGGAUUAUGUGAUUCUUGUAUCUCAGUAAAAUAUUAUUUCAGCAUCUUACUUAAUUUUUCUUUCUAGAAAAAAAUCGCUUUGAUCAACAUAUCCCAAAUAACUUGCUUCUCUUGCUUGCAUCUCCAGACAGACAAAAGAAUAAGCAAAUUUCAGUAAAUUGAAGAUUUAAAGUAGACUUCCUGAACAGUGAAAUUCCACAUGUAUGUUGGUUUGUCUACAUGUAAUACCUGUGUAGUAUAUUCACAUAUAUAUAACUGGAAUGGAUACUGUCUCUGGAACUUCCUUAACCCUAUAAAAGCCACUAAACUAGGAACUAACUCUGUAGAGAGUAAUGAGCAUGAAAAGAUCCAGAGUUAGGACUUGAAAAUGUGACAUUUUAUAGAUAACAGCUGGCUGGUAGGGCUUUCCUUUCCCAGUUUGAGAGUAAAUCACCUUUGAUACAGAAUUAUUGUCUAGCACAUGUCUAGGGAACUCUUUUAGCAAAACAGAACCAUUAAUGACAUGUCCAUAUUUUCAUUACCUUAUAAACCACAUUUUCUGGAAGGUUUUAUUGGGAAAGUUUUUUUAUUUUAAAAACAUUGGAUAGGGAAAUUUUUCAGAAAAUUCCUUUUUUUUUUCCCCAGUGGGAAGUAUUUGAUGUACAAAGGUUUUGAAAAUAUGCAUGUAAUUUGGAGAAAACUGCAUAUUAGUCACAGACUAAUAUAUAUGAAACUGAAUUACAAGAAUAUAAAGACAUCCAAGGACUCUAGUGUCAUCAAAGCACAGAAGUGAUGCUGGAGGUGGUCCCAGAAUUCAAUAUCUCUUAAUAGCAUUUUGCACCAGUUUCUCUCUUUUUAGUAUUUUACGUAAUUCAUGGAUGUUGCAUUUCAAAUAAAAGGGGGAAAAAAAAGAUUCCUUCUCAGCCCACCCUUCUUUCUCUUUUUGUGAUCCCCGUCUUUGUUCUGAUCAGGAGGUAAAAGAAAGCAUCUUUGUGCAAAUUGUUUUGCUGUAACGUUACAAUGACUUAUCCAUACCUCUCAAAACAAGUUCUAAAACAAACGAAUUGAUUCCCCCGUGCAAAUCCUGUAACGCUAUGAGAAACUCGCCGACCACAUUGUCUCCCAAAUCACGGACCGCCAGCACUCGGGCGUGUCCCAUAAACCCCUGUAUUCUGUAUGGUACAGCUGUCAAUGUUAACGCUUGCUAUAAAAGUGCGACUCAUUGUGCAUUGUCUCAAUAAACGUUUACUUUUCUAAUUGUCAAGAACUCGUUUGGAGGGCAUCUUGUUUUCAUCGUGUGAAUGACUGGUCCUUGUAAAAUAAAAAGACGUGCAAAGGAAA